AUGGCUGCUUCACUCUGGAAGCCCAAAUCACUGGACUUGGGCUUGUGGAUCUUCCUCCUGCUCCUCAACCUCCUUCCUCAAGCCAGGGCAGUAGUUGGGCACAGAGAGCCGCUGCCUGAUGAUAGUAGAGACAAUAUCACUAUUUUCACCCGAAUCCUUGACAGGCUGUUGGAUGGAUAUGACAACAGGCUACGUCCUGGGCUGGGAGAGAGUGUGACAGAAGUGAGGACAAACAUCUAUGUGACGAGUUUUGGCCCAGUGUCAGAUACAGACAUGGAGUACACCAUCGAUGUCUUCUUCCGUCAGAGUUGGCGGGACGAGAGGCUGAAGUUUGAUGGGCCCAUGCAAGUUUUACCCCUCAACAACCUCCUGGCCAGUAAGAUCUGGACUCCUGAUACCUUUUUUCACAACGGAAAGAAAUCUGUGGCCCACAACAUGACAACUCCCAACAAACUGCUACGACUAGUAGACAAUGGCACGCUUCUCUACACGAUGAGGUUGACCAUUCAUGCCGAGUGCCCCAUGCACCUGGAGGAUUUCCCAAUGGAUGCACACGCCUGUCCUCUGAAGUUUGGAAGUUAUGCUUACACCAAUAAUGAGGUGAUCUACCUGUGGACCCAGGGAGACGAGAGGUCUGUCGCUGUGGCGGAGGACGGCUCCAGGCUGAACCAGUAUGACUUACUGGGACACGUUAUUGGCAAAGAAACCAUCAGUUCCAGCACAGGAGAAUAUGUAGUGAUGACAACAUAUUUCCAUUUGAAAAGGAAAAUUGGCUAUUUUGUGAUUCAAACCUACCUGCCAUGCAUCAUGACUGUCAUACUGUCUCAGGUCUCCUUCUGGCUAAACAGAGAAUCGGUCCCUGCUCGCACUGUGUUUGGGGUCACCACUGUGCUAACCAUGACCACCCUGAGCAUCAGUGCUAGAAACUCCCUUCCUAAGGUGGCCUAUGCCACUGCCAUGGACUGGUUCAUGGCUGUGUGCUAUGCCUUUGUCUUCUCUGCCUUGAUUGAGUUUGCCACAGUCAACUACUUCACCAAGCGCAGCUGGGCAUGGGAUGGGAAAAAAGAGGGCAUGGAAAUAAGGGAACCGUUUCAGGCUAACAUGGCCAGGAUUAAAGAUAUGAGAAGAGAAUCUGCGACUUUGUCCAAAAAGGCAAACAACACCUUCAACAUUGUUGGAACCACCUACGCCAUCAACGUAGCUAAAGACCAAGGUUUAACGACCAUUUCCAAGAGCGCCACUGGAGCGGUGGGCAAACACCACUAUCUGCACAAAAUGGAUGACCCCUACACGGAGGCCAAGAAGUCCUACAACCGUGUCAGCAAAGUGGACAAGAUAUCACGCAUCAUUUUCCCAGUUCUGUUCUUCAUCUUCAACUUAGGCUACUGGGCCACAUACGUCAACAGAAAGCCCGCUAUCAUGAAGGCAAACAACCUAAACUGA